AUGACGUCCUCUUCGCCCACCCGCUAUCGUCUCGUGUUCCACGUCCCCGAGACCCAUCUCGAAGCCUGUAAACGAGCCAUAUUCGACGUGGGCGCCGGUCGCUUCCCGGGACCGGGCAACUACACCGAGGUCUGCUGGUCGACCAUCGGCGCGGGACAGUUCCGCCCAGGCGACGGCGCAAAGCCGGCCAUUGGCAAGCCCGGCGAGCUCGAAGAGCUGCAUGAAGCAAGAGCCGAGACUCUCUGCGUUGGUGAAGACGUAGUGAGAAAGGCCGUCGCGGCGUUGAAGCUAGCCCAUCCAUACGAAGAAGUCUCCUAUAGUGUCAUGAAAAUGGAGGACUUUUGA